AUGGAGAAGUUCUCGCAGUUUCGAGAUCGAGGCUCCGGCAUUGCGCCUUUUCUCCCCAUCCCCUCAGAGCCUCUUGGUCUGCAGGCCCCACUCCGCAUCUUCCUCUUUUGCUUCAGGCUACCGCUGUUCAUCUUUGUCACCGUCGCCUACUUCCUAAUUCUACAAUGGCUGCCCAUCGGGUCACUGGGCAAAAAGGCCGCACUGUGGUGCAUCCUCGGUGUGCCGAGUAUAUGGUGGAUUGACCUACAAGUAGAUGGAGUGCGAAAAGGCUCCCUCUCCAAACACCAACAAGCUCGCCUCCCACAACCCGGCUCAGUAAUCGCCUCAUCCUUUACAUCCCCCAUUGACGCAGUCUACCUUGCCGCAAUCUUCGACCCAAUCUUCACAGCCUCCUACCCAAACACCAAGCAAGUAGAGCAUAUCUCCCUCUUACAAGCUAUCCUCCGUGCCUUCGCACAACCCUCCAUCCGCCCGGCUACCGGAACAACUCUCGUUGAGGUCUCAUCCCUCGUAUCGAAAUACCCCAACCGGCCCAUUGUAAUUUUCCCAGAGUGUACAACCACCAACAGCCGCGGCAUUUUGCCUCUGAGCCAGUCUCUCCUCGGCGUACCGUCGAAAACAAAGAUCUUCCCCGUCAGCCUGCGCUACACACCCGUCGAUGUCGUGACUCCGCUUCCUGGAAGCUAUGUCAGUUUCAUUUGGACAUUGCUGAGCAAGCCGACGCACUGUAUUCGUGUUCGUAUUGCGGAAGCGGUGCAGCGUGGAGCCAGUGCUAUGGAUCUGCCCCCUGCACGAUCGACCCGCAAAUCGACCUUUGAAACUAAUUACCUCGAUACACUAGAUCAGGUUGAUGGUGAGAUUAGUUAUGCGGAUAACGCGUUGCUGGAUCAGGUCGGUGAGUCUUUGGCUCGACUUGGGAGGGUUAAACGCGUGGGCCUGGGAGUUAAGGAGAAGGUUGAUUUUGUUAAGAUGUGGAGUAAGACGAGGAAGAGUUGGUGA